AUGAAUUCCGCAGCAAAGAAACGUCUUCAUGGCUCUUCAUCCGGAAAAGAUCUUCAAGAUGAAGACGACGACGACGAUGAGCUUGCUUCACAUCCUAACGAGAUCAGGAUUCGCCGAGAUCCGGACAUUCAAUUCGCACUCAAACGUGCAAAUGCCGACCAUAAACUGCAAUCUACUAUGGCCCAUAUCAUCGAAAAAUACAGUCGCAAUUUUGAGGGUAUUGGUGACGAAAUCGACAUGGAGACUGGAGAGAUCGUGGUCAACAACGGUCAUUUACGGAGCAUGCGUGAUGAGGGCGAUGUCGAAGGUCUCUGGGUGGAGGGUGACAGCAAUAUCGACGAAGAUGAAGGAAUCUUGCUUGGGGACCUGACAGAUGAAUACCCAGAAGAUGAAGAGCAAGUCAACCAAGCACGAGAUUCUCAGAACGACAAUGAGAAGAGCCAAACGUCACCCACAAAGGAGCAAGACACACAUACAUGUAUGAAAGAUCAAGGCAUGAAUGCCGACGAAACAACAGCAUAUGAUCCAAGAACGGCGAACAACUCAGAUACUUCACCACAGAAUGAAAGUUCAGAAUUACCCUUUGACUCUAAGCCUCACAACGAUCCUCGAUUCGGUCCUCCGCCUUUCACACCUAGUGCCUCACUGGGUUAUGGCCAAACUCCUCCUGGAUUUGGACCUUGGGGAAUGAUGUCUGGAUUUCCUAUGCAAGCUUGGGGACGUGACGACAUUCCUCCUUACUUCAAUAUGCCAUAUAGCAUGCCAGGGCCAUGGUUCACAGGAGGCAGGUACGACUUUCCUACCAAUAAUGGGCAGACAUCUAUCUGGGGUCGAAGUUGGGCCAAGAGGACCAAACGUGCAGGCUCUAUGAAAGGGUCAUCAAAACUUCCGACCAAUAAAGAUACCGACGCCGCCAUUGCGGGCAAGGGAACGGAUGUUACACACAGCAACUCCAAGCCUGAGGAGCAGGAAUCUCACAGCCAAGGAUUUCCAUCAUCUGACCGAACCAUCAAUGCUACCGAUGAGGAUGAUGAUUUGAUGCUUUCUGGAAUUACUGAUCCAGUACCUGCUCUAAACCCGAAUCCUACUCCUCCAGGAGAGGAAAAUUUGACCAGGAAAGAUAAUGCACAAGCGGACGCAGAAAGUGUUCUUGGAGAGACAGGUGAAAAUUCCGCCGAAGCGUCACACCAACACAACGAAACAGACGAUACUGGCCGAAGACGUUCUGGCCGGGCUAGGAAACAGACCGAGUAUAUGGGCAAAAUCUCUUGGAACGAUGCAAAAGAAUGGAGAAAGUCAUGCCAGACUUUGAGCGUGGAGCUAUACCGGGCAAAUCCAUUAAUCCGAGAAGAAUAUCAGAGUGUCGACCAGAGCAUCGAUAACACCGAGGAAGAACGAGAUUCACCCUUGGAAAAGGAACAAAUCAAUGAGUCAACGACAAAAGAGCGGCAAACAGAUGUGGCCUCUCAGAAGCAGGUUAUACCCGACUCUCAGGAUACGGCAACUCCUUUCAACAGUAGUGCUCCCGAAGCAUCGCAAUCAAGGGAGCCCUACGCUAAGCCAGAUGGUUCUAGGCAUUUGCCAACAAUGGAGCUUUCAGACGAUGAGGCACCGUUAGUCCUCUCCAGAAUCAAAGCUCCUAGGCGCCAUGCUGGAAAUUCGAGCGUAAUCACUCAUCUGCCCGACAAGCCACCAACCCAAGAUCAGACUUUGGGGAUUGGGCCUGUUCUUUCUCGUGUAAACAGCCCGGUGAGGACCACGAAGGGGGUUACUCCUAGAAUUGAGACCAGACCGGUGGAUGUGUUCGAUCAGGCUACACAACCUCUUAAACGCAAGCGAGGGAGACCAAGAGGAUCAACUAUCAAAGACCGACCUGUGUCCUCUGCUAUUGGAGCGGAGCCGGCACCUCUUUUCAACGCUAAAACUGCGUCUUCUGUUACUACUAAUGGGUUGGUAGCUGAGAGCUAUCCCAACCCGCAAAAGCGAAGGAUCGGAAGGCCAAGGAAGUCGGAAGUUGCGAGUCUGGAAGCAGAAGCUGAGACUCAACAUCCCUCAGAGAAAGCGGCACCUAGCGAGGGUGCGAUACCCUACAGCGAGGCUGCUCAGCACAAGUCUGUACACAAAAAGCCAGAUAACGAAGCAACGCAAGCAUCUCCUCACCUGUCACACGAACUCAAAUCGUUCCUGAAAACGAAACCCAACAGACCUGCUUCGGACAAGUAUAUCCGGCCCCGAAAGUCGAGGGAGAAACUUCAACAAGGUGAAGAUGAUAGUGGGUUGUCAACAGAAGAAGUCAUUGAGAGGCCGAAAGAAGUCGCUCAGAAGCAACGAGUUAUUUCAGAGGGGCAUUCGCCAAGUCAGAAGCAACAGGAAUUGUUGCCAGAAGAUGAUACUGUUAUGGAGGAGGCUCCUGAAGAUGGCGAACCCCCAGAGGUUCAAGACGACCAACCUGACACUACCACGCCUACUUCCCCUACCCAUAACAGAGGAAUGCACGAUAAUGGGGAUUCAUAUAACGACCAACAACCUCUCAGCGGAAAUCCCAUUUCUGACCAAGAAGCUUUUGAGGAUGGACUGACUCCCGAUGAAGAAGAGUCUCUUCCUACAUUGCCCAAUGAAACCACUGUCCAGGAAGCAUCCACACCACGGAAACCAAAAGACACCCUCGCUCCUCUCCUAGAACCGCCUUCUAGUUCCCAAAGGCCUCGCACUCCUCGCCAUACUUCUAUACUCACCACUCGCGCACCAUCGUCACGUCGCUCUCUUCUCUCCUUUGUAUCAGACUCGGAAUCAGACACUGAUGGCUCUAGGGAUGAGUUGACUCGCAGAGUCAAGUCCGCGUCAAAAACAGCCAGUAUCCGUCCUUCAACAAAAAGAGUCUGGCACUCUACUGCUCUAACUAGAGAAAUCCACAAGACACCCAGCAAGAGGCGACUGCAUGGUAUGUCCAGUCCUAUAGGCGCUGUUAAAACGCCAGGUGGCACGGUACGAACGUGUGGGGUAGACGGUUUUCAAUGUGGGCGAGAUUAUUGCUUCACUUGCAUAUAA